AUGGCCCCUGAGUCGCCGGUCGGGCCUGUGUCCCGCACCAUGCCUCUCGUCCAGACAUAUCCACCCUUGGGUCAGGUGACGCCCCUUGAAAGUGGACGCGUCGACUUGAUAGCUACCGUUGAAUCUGAGGAAAACGUGCCCUGGGAUGUCAUUCUAUGGAGCUCGAUAGAUGGCGCAGCAUGGACUGGGUCUCAGCUGUUCCCAGCGGAUGCCAAGUCUGAGCCGCAGUGCUUGCAGUCCCAUGCCGCAUCUAUCACUCGUAAGCAGUACUAUACCGUUUCCCUGACUUUCAAGGAGUCUGUUCAGUUCACGCUCAAGUAUCGCAGUGGUCCAGAGACGGACUGGUCCUGGGCCCGCGAUGAGCAAGGCAUAGCUGAUGGGACCAUGGUUGUCCGGGCCAUUGAACCUCUGUCUGUCCAUUUGCGUGACCUGGUCGACCUGUCUCCUGGGUGGGACGUGGCCGGGUGUCUAAGUCAGACUCCAAGGACUCUCCUGUGGUCUCUUCAAGCCAGUAUUUCCUCUACGGGUCUCCGCACGUACGACGAUGCCGACCGAGGUUCGGUGCGCGAUAUAUGCAUCGGGACUCUCAAGACUCCUUUUCUGAGAUGGUUCGCCCUUGUACGCAACUCAUCUCCCUGGCUGGCACCUCGGCAGGGCAAAGAACACCUUUAUUUAGACCAUGAUGCCAUCAUAUGUGCCUUUCUGACACUGUCUGGACGAUACCUCGUCUUCUUAACCCUAGCCGGCGUUGACAAUGUCGUUUCCGUGCUGCGAAGCACUCAAGAGGGACGGCUUUCUGUUCAUGCGCGUUACGACGGUGUUGGUGGCAACGAUGGCCAGGCAACAGUCUUGGUUGCUGAAGGUGAUGACCUCGGGUGUACGAUCAGCGCCACCAUGUACCACGCCCGGGACUUGGCCAUCAACACGAGCGAAGGCAUCCGCGAGGAACCCAAUCCAAGCUAUCCUCCUGAUAGAGCGCAGCCUGGUCCACAAUCAUCUGAGCCUUGGUACGACGGGCUCGGCUACUGCACAUGGAAUUCCCUUGGUCAGGAGCUGACAGAGGGCAAGAUCCUCCACGCUCUCGAGGAACUAUCAAAGAACAAUAUAGAUGUGUCGACCUUGAUAAUUGACGACAACUGGCAGAACAUUGACCAUCGCGGCAACAGUCAGUUUGACCAUGGGUGGCUCGAUUUUGAGGCCGACACCCAAUCUUUCCCUCGCGGCCUUAAGGCGACCGUCACUUCUAUCCGACAGCGCUACCCCAACAUCCAGAAUAUUGCUGUCUGGCACGCUCUUCUAGGCUACUGGGGCGGCAUCUCCGCAGACGGACCCCUUGCCGAAAGAUACAAGACGGUUGAGCUCUCACGCCAAGAUCCUACUCUCCCAAUCAACGGGAGGAUGAGUGUAGUCGAUGCCGUUGAUGCGCCAAGGCUAUACGACGACUUUUACCAGUUUCUCGUUGACUGUGGCGUCGACUCCGUAAAGACGGACGCCCAGUUCAUGGUCGACACAUGGACCGAUCCCGCGGCUCGCCAAGAGCUCCUCUACACCUACCUAGAUGCCUGGAGCAACGCGGCCUUGCGGCACUUCAGCAUGAGGACGAUAUCGUGCAUGUCUCUGUUCCCCCAGUGGAUAUUCCACAUGCAGUCCAGCCCCCGGAAGCCGACGUUUCCCCUCCGCAGCUCCGACGACUUCACCCCGGGUGAGCCAUCUGCACACCCGUGGCAUGUGUGGACCAACGCACAUAACUGCAUAGUCCUGCAGUGCCUCAACGUCAUCCCCGACUGGGACAUGUUCCAGACGGGUCACGAGUUUGGGGGCUUCCACGCAGCAGCGCGUUGCAUCAGCGGCGGCCCGGUCUACAUAACCGAUGUUCCUGGGAAGCACGACACGGAUAUCAUAUCCCAGAUUACGGGGAGAAGUCCCAGUGGAAACACUACGAUCCUACGGCCGAGCGUGAUCGGAAAAGCCGUGAGCCCGUUUGUCGGAUAUGAUGACAAUGCAUUCCUGAAAGUCGGGAGCUACAAUGGUGCUUCGGAGACAGGGACAUCAAUCCUCGGCGUCUUCAACGUCUCGGGGCGUCCACUGACCGAACUUGUUCCUCUCUCCGACUUUCCCGGAACGGUCAGCUUGGCUCGGUACGUCGUGAGGGCGCAUACCACUGAUGCGGUGUCUGCCCCAACAUCUCUCUCGUCCCCGAGGUCACUCUUCAACAUCACUCUCGGCACGCGAGGGUUCGAGAUCCUCUGCGCGUAUCCCCUGCAGCAUAUGCCUUCCACCAGAGGGCCGGGGACGGUGUCGGUUGCCAACCUCGGCCUGGUCGACAAGAUGACGGGAUGCGCUGCCAUUACGAGCGGCACUACGCACAAGCAGGACAAUGGGCGUAUACGCAUCACCACCCGUCUCAAGGCAUUGGGGGUUCUCGGUCUAGGCAUCUACAUCUCGUGCCUUCCCGACUUAGAUAUCCCGCGUGAUUUCAUGAUUACCAUUUUGAAGAAUCCGAUCCCUUUCGAGACCGUCACAGUGUCCGCAGCGAAUCCGCAUGUCUUGAAGGUGGACCUCGAACGUGCCUGGGGAGAUAUGGAGAUGAGCAAGAAGGGAGGGAGGGAGGUGGACGUGAUGGUCCACUUCUCUGUCCGAUGA